AUGGCUGCCUUUCCUCCACCGCCCACCAACUCGAUCGACUGGUCCAACGUCGGAUUCCGGGUCCGCGAAGUGAACGGCCACAUCGAAUCGACCUACUCGCACACGACGGGGAAAUGGACGCCCCUCCGCUUCGUUGCGGACCCCUUCAUGCGCAUCCACGGCAUGGCGCCGGCCCUCAACUACGGUCAACAGGCCUACGAGGGCCUCAAGGCCUUCCGCGACCCCGGCGACGGCGGCAUCGCCAUCUUUCGCCCGGACCGGAACGCGCUGCGGCUGCAGCACUCGGCCGACGUGGCCUCGAUGCCGCGCGUCCCCGCCGAGAUGUUCCUCGAGGCCUGCCGUGCCGCCGUCGCGCUGAACGCGGGCUUCGUCCCGCCUCACGAGACGGGUGCCGCCAUGUACGUCCGACCCCAGCUCUACGGCUCGAGCGCCCAGCUCGGCCUCACGGCGCCGGACGAGUACACGUUCUGCGUCUUCGUCAUCCCCACGGGCGUCUACCACGGCACCCACCCGGUCAAGGCCCUCAUCCUCGACGAGUUUGACCGUGCCGCGCCCAACGGCACCGGCAGCGCCAAGGUCGGCGGCAACUACGCGCCCGUGCUGCGUUGGAGCGACAAGGCUCGACGCGACGGCUACGGCAUCACGCUGCACCUCGACAGCGCCAAGCACGAGGAGGUGGACGAGUUCAGCACGAGCGGCUUCAUCGGCAUCGUCGCUGACAAUGGCCUUGACGGCGAGGUGACGCUCGUCGUGCCCGACUCGUCGUGCGUCAUCGACAGCGUCACGAGCGACAGCGUCCAGCAGAUGGCCCGCAGCUACGGCUGGAAGACGGAGAAGCGGUCCAUCAAGUACGGCGAGCUGCCGCGCUUCACCGAGGUCAUGGCCGCCGGUACGGCCGCCGCGCUGGUCCCGAUCCGCUCCAUCACCCGGCGCACGACGGCCGGUUCGGCAAAACUGCCGGCCGGCCCGCGCGUGACGACGGACGGCGAGUCGGAAACCGUCACCUACAUUGCCGAGACGCAGGAGGAUGCCGGCGCCGUCUGUCUCAAGCUACUGACGCACCUCAAGGCCAUCCAGCUGGGCAAGGUCAAGGACGAGUUUGGCUGGCGAUGCGCCGUCACCGAGAAGGACUUGACGAUCGAGGGCGCCACGGUGGAGACGAGGAAGAACGGUGAGGAACAGACGGUGGAUGAGCUGGACUAA